AUGAAACGAGCGCAUUCUUCUAGAUCCUUCUUCAUCAAUCAAUCUACUGGUACCAAUGACGACGACAAAUUUAAUAUAGAUGCUGAUAUUGUCCUACCUUUAUUUACAGUUUCAGGAAAUGAGACUGUUACUCAAACUCAAGAUGAGGACAAUGUUAAAGUUCCUACAAUCAAAAUUAAUAAUAGCACCAUUACAGAUUCUUCACGGACAAAAUCUUGUAGAAACCUACAACAUUCAAGCAAUACAAGUAUUAAUAAGAGGUCAAACGCAAAAUUACACGUUAGAAGUUAUAACCGAAUACCUUCGAUUCCUUCUUUUAAACAUUUAUCCCUGGUACAGAAUGAAAUGCUCUCAGCUGGUUCUGGUUCAUUUAGUAAUACAUUAUUUGCAAACGAAGAAGAUUCAUCAAUACAACCGGAUACUUAUAUAUCUGAUAAUGAAUCAAUAAUGUCAGCAACAAUUCCUAAGGAUACAACACCUUUUACAGAAUAUGACCUGUACCUUUUCCCUAAACAAAUAAAUCAUAAUAACAAUCGUCAAAAGACAAGAUCCUAUAGUUUCAUAUCAAUAGAUGACAGACAACGUAAAUUGUCGCCGAAUGUUAAUCAUUUUGAUUCAAGAAGGUUAGCGACACAAUUUUUGGAGUCGAGUAAUACACCUUUCAAAGAACAAGUGAACUUUCAUACGAAAUUGCAGAUUGGAAACAAAAAGAAUUCAUUUAGUGAAACGAAAUUAAGCAGGGACAACCUAUUGGAGGGCAGAAAGUCAUUUAAAACUGACCAAAUUGAUAAUAGAUUAUAUAUAAAAAAUCUCAAUGAUAUGAGUGAAGUAUUAUCCAAAUUUGGCGAUUUAGAAACUUCCAAACCGAGUUCAUCGGCGUUGACUUUUUCCUCUUCCUCAUCAACAUCAUCCUCAUCCUCAUCCUCAUCCUCAUUAGUAAUAGACUUCAAGAAUAAUCAUUCAGCUCUCGGCUCGAGAGAUACCCAAUCAAAAGGAACCGUGUUUUCGGAGAAAUCUUCAACUAGUCGUAGAGAUACUGAUAAAGAAGACGAUUGGAAUAUAAAGAGUAUGGAUCCUGGGAUUCAAAUUACAACGAACUUAAAUGAGGUAAAUUUUUCACAGAUGCAUAUAGCCAAAAGAAUAAGUACUUUAGAAAUUCUGAUCAAUAGUGGUAUCACUAAUGUAAUAUAUAAAGGGGAAAAUGAAUUUCAUAAAUUGAUAACAAAUUUUGAUGACUUAUCUCAACGUCUACAAAAAUUAAGAAGUAAUCUGAACGACAUCACAUUGGCAGUCAAAAAUAGUCACUUGGAAAAUCUUGAUAAAAAAUUUGACAGAAAUAACGAAUCUUCACUAAUAUACCAAGUUACUGAGAAUGUCGCUGAAUUCGUAGAGAAACUAGAGAAUAUUCAAAAGCGCUAUGACACUUGCAAGAGUCUAGUUGACAGACAUAGAGAAGUUAUUAGAAUAAUGGAGCAAGAAUUGGAAAAAAGGAUUAGUAAAAAGAAAGUAAAGAAAGCAGUGGACAUUCAACAAUUUUUAAUGCUAGUUUGA